AUGGCGCUGCUCGCGAUCGAAAGCCCUGCGCCCUCGCCUCAAGCUCGCUUCUGUCUCGCCGCGGCUCCCACUCGCCAGGGAUCGUCGGCACUUGUCGUGACGUCGGCGCAGUGGUAUCCCGCAUCCCCGCUGGCCGCCCUGGCUAUCGUUCGCGUCCAAGCGAGCGACUUGCGCACACUCGAUGACACACCAGACCCCGCCGCCCUGCACACCCUGUGGUCGGCAUGGGUCCUCGCGGCCGGCGCGGCGCUCGAGUGCGCCUGCAUGGACGGCAUGGGCGGCGUAUCCGAGCAUCGCACACAACGCACAGGCCGCGGCGGUCGCAGCGGCCGUCCUCGUUCUCUGUUCGCGCUCUGUGCUGCAGUCUCACCCGCUCUCGUGUGCAAGCCCGUCACCCUGCCCGAUCGCCUUCAGCCUCUCUGUCGUCUGCAAGUCGCGCGCAACAGACGGCUGACUCUAGCCAGCGUCCCUUUCCUCCAGCCUCCUGCGCACCCCCUCGACUCCAACACGCGAGUCGUCCCCUCCUCCUCGCCGUUUCCCUCGCCCGCUACGCCCGCGCGCAGUCCGCGCUAUUCCGCUCUCGUGGCUGCUCGCCCGCGCUGCCAGCUGCCCACCCUGCCCGCAGGCACGUCCCUCACCUGA